CAGAGGCAAUGAAGCCCAAGAAGUCAUUCCCUGUGACAGUGACGGCUCUGGGAGAUGGUGGCUAUGAAAUCCAGUUUACCUUCUUCUAUAAGAAUAAAUGCCAACAGAAGAUCAUUGAUGUGGAGAAAACCAGCGAUCCUAAAAAAUUCAAAACCUCACAAGACAUGAUGGUAACUAUGGAGGAGAUGCCUGUGAAAGGCCACCGCAUCUUCUACAUUGAGCACCAGGUGUUUGGGAUGACUGUGCGCAUCGCAAAACUCAUAUGGGGGGGGGGGCUUUCCCUAAAAAUAAUUCAAGUCUAUGGAAGUGAAAUAAGGCACAAUUAAUAUUGAUUUGACCGAGGUGAAGGAAGGGAAGGGAUAAAACUGGUUUAAAAUGAUCUCAGUUGGGGGAGUUUGCUUGACUUCAAUCCACUUGAACUCCCCCACCCACCCUUUUUCUUUUUCCCUGACAAAGCUCAAGAAGAAAAGUUUGGGAAUUCACAUUUUUAUGUUUCAGUAGCCUAAACUACUCAAAUUAAUGUGCAACUCCCACCUCCUCUGCCCAGGCCCCCACCCUCUUCAAUGCUAAAUAAAACCACAGCAUGUGAAACAGGAGUCCCCUGGUGUUUUUUGAGGAGAUUUGUAUGCUUGAGUUGCAAAUACCUGUCUGGUUGUCUUUGAUAUAUAUUGGAGAAAAGAGAUGUAGAAAGAAGAGAAUAGUCAGAUAGGGGUUAAGAGCUGGAAGGGGAGAGGGGGAGGAAGAAAGUGGGGAGGGAAAGAGGGAGAUUGAGGGGAAGACGGGGAGGGAAAGAAAAGCUGAAAGUAACCUUGUGACCUUCUUGCUGUUCAAGAAAUGCCUGUCUGUUCCUUUUCAGGAUGUUGGAGCCCCACCAGACAUUACAAACAACUGCAACAAAUGAGUUUGGCAGCAUCCCUAAUGUCUAGUAUUCAAAUCUUCACGAUGAGACUCGUCUUGUAUACAAUCGGUCGACUAUUUUUCGUAGCAGGUGAAAACAAGACACUGGACAUUCUGUGAAAGGGAGUAAGAACUGCAGUUCUGAAGGCCCCUGACUUUGGUUGUUUACAAAGUUCAAUCCUGUUUAUUGUGAUCCUUGGUGUCUU